UUUAGCACAGUUUAAAAGUUUUAAUCCUUUUUUUUUUUGUUUUUAAAUGUUAUCAUGAUAUAUGUUAUGUGAAGUAAAGUUCCUUUUGUUGCAUACUAGCCCUGCUAAACCAAAUUGAUUGCUCGCAUUGACCUGGUUACAAGCCAAGCACUUGGUUCACCAAAACUUGUUUUAAUGUGGAUCUGUCGUUUUCUAAAUGCUUAUCCUUCAUUAGUUGAAUAGAUGUAUGGAUUUUUGUAUAUCCUGAAAGUGCAUUAGGGGAAACUUGUAUGUUGAAUACUUGUGUCAAAGUGUGGAGUGGUCCUCUAUCCGAUGGCUUGUGAGUUUCAUUCCGGAGUUUGAACAUAUUGAUACUUGUUCAAUCGCUACAGUACUGAAGUUAUUACUGAAUGAUUCUUCAUUGUUAGCUGAUUGUGAAUGCAAUUUCAAGGAUAACAUGGAGAAAGUGCCCAAAUGGAGAGGAGCUCUCAAGGAAGUUGCAAAUUUGUUAGGUGGACUUGCCAGGAGCUGAAUUUUUUUUUUUUAAAUGUUUUUGGCAAAGCAGACAACUCAAAAACAAACAAAUUCUAAACGAAUUUUAAAAAUUGAAAAUGUUCUUCAACAUUCAAAUUGGUACACGUCAAAGAAGCAUUUCAAAUUUUCGAUACUUGAAAACUGAAAAUAAAAUACCAAGCCCUCUGCUAGGGUUUGGAGAGCGCCGUUCUUGGCCUCUCUGUGCCUUCCUCCAUCAUCGAUGGAGUAACUUUCCGGCUCCGAUUUCAGCGUCGAUCCCUUUGGGCACGGAUUAUACCAGGCCUAGAAAAUGGCUAGCAACCUUGCCGGCGACGACCUGUCUUCUUCAGUUCCUCCUAAAGGGCCUCGGCCUCCCAGCACUGAUCUUCCCCCAUUGGAGUGUACUUAUUGUGGAGACAAAGGGCAUACUGAGCAGAGGUGUUAUGAACUAGUUGGGUAUCUAGAAUGGUGGGAUUUCAUCAAGAAGCCACGGAAGAAUAUAGAUGCGAAGAAGAGUAAAGGUGUUGCGACCACUACAAAAGAACCCCCCUCUGCAAACAUUGCUCAGUCAGGUAUGGAUGGUAAAGGACAUUCUGACCCAGUAGGUUCUUGGUUAUGGUGUUAGAAAGGGCAAUCUCUACCAUUUGGACCUGACAAGUGGUGGGGAACAGAGGAUUCAUCAGGCGAAUAAGGUUGGAAGGGUAGAAGAAGCAAAAGCUACUGUUUGGUUAUGGCAUCGCCGUUUGGGACAUCUCUCCUUCAGUUACCUUCAGAAAUUAAAUUCUUCUUUAUUUUCCAAGUGUAGUGCUUCAAAUUUUAAGUGUGAUGUUUGUGAACUGGCCAAGAGCCAUCGUAUUUCAUAUUCCCUAAGUUUUAAUAAAAGUUCAGAACCUUUUUGUAUCAUC